GUAUGUUGGCGUCUUCCUUCAUCCGCGUUACACGAGACCAGCUGAGGGCCAAGACUCAUUCAUUCUGAAACACAUCUAGCUUCCUCAGCGUUGGUGCCGUUGCAGACCAGUACACCGCCGCGAGUUGAUCCCUCAAGAUGACUGAAACAAACAAAUUUGACAAUCUUCUCACCGAUCUAGGCACCGGACCUUGGAACUUGCUCAUUUUCUUCAUUUCAUUCUACUGUAUGCUGCUGGUGCCUUCACAGUUCAUCAGCGGAGUAUACCUCGCACCUGCCAUCAACUACACUUGCCUCCCUCCAGAAGAGAAUGAGAGUGUAAUAAUUGUGUCUGAAGACUCCUGCAGUUACACGAGGAUGACGGAGGCCAGGGCAGAGGUGGAGGAAGAGUGCACUGAGUGGGACUUCGAUACCUCCGUCUUCAGCAACACUCUCACCUCGGAGUUCUCGCUAGUGUGUGAAAGGAAGUACCUGCAGGCUUUGUACCAGAGUGCAUACGUGAUUGGCACUUUCUGCUCUCCUAUACUGGGAGGCUACCUUGCCGACAGGUACGGACGUAAGGUGGUGGUGGUGAUAACGCAAGUCUUGACUGCAUUCUUUGCAAUCACCAUUGCUUUCCUCAACAACAUGGUAGCCAUAAUGACGGCUCGUGUUCUCCUGGGUUUAUUCAAUCUGCUCACUCUCACCGUUUACACCCUGGAAUCAUGUGAACCCAAGCGCCGGGCUCUACUGGGUAUGUUGCUGGGACUCCCGUGGGCUCUCGGCACCAUGGCGUGGGGCGGCACGGCCUUCCUCAUCCGUGACUGGAGAUGGCUGCAGCUGGUCGUCUCCCUCCCUCUCCUUAUCAUUCUUCCUGUUCUCUUCUUUAUGGACGAGUCCCCGCGGUGGCUAAUCGUGAGGGGCCGUCAUGACCAGGCCGUGCAGGUGCUCCGCAAGGCUGCACGCUGGAACCGGGUGACGCUGCAGCCAGAGGCCGACCUGCGCGUCCUCAUGAACGAAAUCCAGGAGUCCGCGACGUGCUCGUCAACGCCAGCCAACACAGACACCAACACCAAGAAAUUCCGACUCACCUGGCCCAAACUGCUCAGCACGCGGGCCAUACGAAUUAUCACAGUCGUGGUCUGCAUUGAUUAUUUCGCUGUGAGCUUCGUAUUUGACGGUCUCAACUUGAGCGGGGACGACUACAUCUCUGACCCAUUCCUGUAUAUGACACUCAGCGGCAUGAUUGAGAUUCCUGGUUACCUGUUAGCUACGCCAAUCAUCGACCGAUGGGGCAGGAGAUUACCCACCGUGUUGAGCUUCCUGUUGUGCGGCGUCGCUAUCGCCGUGAUCGUCGUCAUCCCGCCAGAAUUGCAAGUACUAAGGGUGAGCCUGGCUCUAGUGGGCAAGUGGUGCAUCAGUGGCGUCUAUCAAGUUCUGUACCUGUACGCCUCAGAGCUGUUCCCGACGGAGGUGCGUAUGCAAGGGAUAGGAGUGGCCAGCGUAUCCUCUCAGUUGGCGUCUACCUUCGUGCCCUUUAUCACUAGUCUCCUGGGUUCAGCAUUACCAUGGUUGCCGUCAUUUAUCUUCGGCAUAGCGGCGGCGGUAGCUGGCAUGUUCACGAUGGCGCUGCGGGAUACGAAAGAUGUGCCGCUGCCGGACACCAUCGCCGACUUGUCCGCUGCAGCCAUCAAGGAAGCUGUAGUUUUCAAUCGAGAUUCUUUGUCCACCAUCACUUCCUCCACCAUCUUCUCCAUCACCACUGCAUCCGCACCGGAUGUGGAGAAGAAAGGUCUCUCUUCUGUCUUCGUCUCUUCCAUAAGAUAUUUUUUUUUUCAAAGGUCACGAAGAUGACCUAUAUCUUGUAUUUUCCCCGCUGAAUGAAGUGGAUCAUGAUUUAAGUACAACCAUUACAUAUCCACUCACUGCAACACUAUGUCAUGGUGUGUUCACUCAUUACUGAAUUUAGGCAACAGUGCCAGCAGGACGUGCCUGUAUUUAUCUCUUGAAUUUUACCACACUAACGCAUGUUCUUAAGGAAUAUCCAAAAUUUGUCCCCAGAUGGUGAUGCAGUGUGUGUGUGUGUGUGUGUGUGUGUGUGUGUGUGUGUGAUUUGCCAGUUCUUAAGGCGUAAUCGACAAGUUCUUUCUCUCAGGAAACAAAGGAUAAGAAGGAAUCUAAAAAAGGUUCUUAAAUUACUUAGUGGAUUUUAUCAAGUAAAUGGGAAAGGAUUGUUGCAAAUAAAUCACAUAACGAUCACAAGAGGUGACGGUAUGGAAUUAGAAUAACGAGGAUGCAAUGUAGAUGUAGAUAAAGCACUUUUAGACAUAAAAGUAUUGUAAAAUGGAACAAACCACCAGUAUCGGUUGUUAGCACAAAAACCGUGAAUAGUUUCAAACCAGCAUUAUACAACUAUUGCAGAGACACACGAUUAC